AUGGCAAAUAACGAUGCAACGGUCGGUAUAUCCGGCCAGUUGCCCAUUCGCAACAACGACCCAGAUGUUGGAUCCUUCGACAUAGUCGCUACAUACCAUCGGCUCUUGGCCGACGACCCCGAGCUCACGAUGCCCAUGGCCACUAUCGAGGCUCUCAUCGAGGCCUUGGGCGCCUCAUCCGCUACCACCGUGUUCGAGACUAUGAAGCUCGUCGAGGGACAGUCGGAGAGGCUACGAGAAAGCCCCCAAGUCGCAAACCCCAUGGCUGUCUGCCACGGCAGCGAUUUCUUCAAGCAGUACCUGGUUAGGGAGCUUAGACAGCUUCCCAGCAGCGCUGGUGCUGCUUCGAAGGAUCAGCAGUUUGAGGAGAUCCGCCAACACCUGCUCCGAAAUGCACGUCUAUUCGCUACGAGAGCUAAGGAAGCUAGAGAACAGAUUGCCUCGGAGGGACGCUUGUUAAUUCCCGAUAAUUCUACUAUUCUGACACACGGCGGCUCACGUGUUGUUGGCAUGGUACUGGGAAGAGCCGCUGAGCGAGUUAACGGUAGCCUCCCCCGACGCUUCAGAGUCAUCUAUGCUAUAAGCGAGAGUCGCCGGGCCGAGAGCGAAAUGGCCGUUGCCACGCUGCGGGAAAAGGGCAUUCGCGUCGCCACGAUCCCGGAAGGUGGUGUCGCGCACAUCAUGCAGAAUGUGAAUAUAGUAAUUGUAGGCGCAGAGGUCAUUACGGCUCAGGGUGGUAUUAUCAGCCGGUUAGGCACAUAUCAGAUCGCGAAGCUCGCCAAGAUUGAUCGCAAACCCUUCUAUGUCGCCGCCGAGCAGCACAAGCUCGGGCAGACGUUCCCGACUAGCCAGUCCAAUUACGGCAUCCCCGCUUUCAAGCAAGACUUACUCGAUUUUCAGUCCAACAAGAGCACGAACAGCAACGUGGUAAAUGGACUGACGGCCGACCAGAAGCGAGCCAUUGAGGUCCAGUCUGCCAACCCUGUUGAUUUCACACCGCCUGAUCUCAUCACAAACUUUAUCUGUGAUCAUGGUGUCAAGUCCACUGUGGCAAUGGAACAUCAGGUAAUCGAUAUGUUUGUCAGUUAG